GUGGAGGAGAAGAGAGAGACAAGAGGAUUUUCCAGAAUUGCCAAGCAGCCAUGUCGGAGGUAACGGGGGCCCAUUAGCCCCUGCUCCAAAGGCCAGAAGGUAGCAUUUGAAAGAGGCACCAAGUGACACAUGUCUAGAAAGGGUUUAAAAGUGUGACAUGGCUGAAGUGAGCAUUACUGAUCUUGACUGGUGGUGGUGCCAGGACCCAGGGACCAGUGCUUCUGUCCUGAGCAGCAGGGCCAGCAAUGAAUAACUCAACAGGCUGUUUGGCCAAUGCAACUGUUUGCAAUGGGACGUCUUGUGUGGUACCUGAGAGCAAUUUCAAUUCCACUCUGAGUGUGGUCCUGAGUACCGUGCUGACCAUCAUGCUGGCCUUGGUGAUGUUCUCCAUGGGAUGCAAUGUAGAAUUCCCGAAAUUCCUUGGGCACAUAAAGCGGCCAUGGGGCAUCUUUGUUGGCAUCCUCUGUCAGUUUGGAAUCAUGCCUCUCACGGGAUUCGUCCUAUCUGUGGCCUUUAACAUCCUCCCUGUCCAGGCUGUGGUGGUCCUCAUCAUGGGCUGCUGCCCAGGGGGGACUGCCUCCAAUAUCCUGGCCUACUGGGCGGAUGGUGACAUGGACCUCAGUGUCAGCAUGACCACGUGUUCCACAUUGCUCGCCCUGGGAAUGAUGCCACUGUGUCUCCUCAUCUACACCAAAAUGUGGGUCGACUCUGGGUCCAUCAUAAUCCCCUAUGACAGCAUAGGUAUUUCCUUGGUUGCUCUGGUUGUUCCUGUUUCAUUUGGAAUGUUGGUGAAUCACAAAUGGCCCCAAAAAGCGAAGAUCAUACUUAAAAUUGGGUCUAUCACAGGUGCAAUCCUCAUCGUGCUCAUAGCUGUGGUUGGAGGGAUAUUGUACCAGAGUGCCUGGAUCAUCGCUCCCAAUCUAUGGAUUAUAGGGACAAUAUUUCCUAUGGCUGGUUAUAGCCUAGGGUUUCUUCUGGCUAGAAUAGCUGGUCAGCCCUGGUUCAGGUGCCGAACAGUUGCUUUUGAAACAGGGAUGCAGAACUCCCAGCUGUGCUCCACCAUCGUCCAGCUGUCUUUCUCUCAGGAGGACCUUAAUCUUGUGUUCACCUUCCCGCUCAUCUAUAGCAUUUUCCAGCUCAUCUUCGCAGGAAUAUUCUUAGGACUUUAUUGUAUAUACAAGAAAUGUUCUGGGAAAAAGAAUAUAGACUUUCUAGAGAGCUAAGACAAUGAAACAGAGUCGGAGCCAACGGUUUAGAAGCUGAAUGCAGGAUUUCAACCAGAUGAAAAGCGGGCAGCAGAUGGAUAAACAGAAGAGGUCUGCAGGACAUUCUUAAACUACAGCUACAUUUAAUUCUUCUGUUUUCAGGAUAUUUGGUGGGAAAAAGUUAAAGUGAAAAUUUAAAUUUCAAUUGAAUUUAACUGUUGGUUUUGAUACCAAGUGACCUGUGGUCCAAUCCUCUGGGGUGACAAAUAUUGUCAUAUAUACAUAACAAUGUAUGUAUUUUAUGUGUACACACACACUUACAUAUACUGUCAUUGAGAUAUUCCCUCAAAAGAUCUUCAGACUAAACCUGAUAUGGGUAACACUGAAAACAAGCCUCUCAUAAGACUAAAACUUAAUUUUUAGGCAAAAAAAUUCACAACCCAGAGAUGAGGACCUGAAUUUUGUAGGUUAAAGUAGAUGUAAUAAAUUAUUAUCAUAGUCAUCAAGAUUUUCUUCAGUAUUAUGAUUGUGAAAAGAUUAAAUAUCUUCUACCAACAAUUCUAUCAUUAUUUUGAAAACUUUGCAACCUAUUUAUUUAUACAACUUUGUAAUACAACAUAAGCAAAUAUCUGACUUCCUGCGCUUUUUUGUUGCUUGGGUUAAUAGGAGGGCACAUACAAUUAGGUUACAUCAUUUGCAAGGUAAAAUCCAAAGCCUGAGUUGCAGUCCUUUAACCAAAUUGGAACUAGGUUCUUAACUCGUCAGGAAUAUGGUACAUUGGUUGGUUUACCUUAAGGGAUCCAGUGAUGCCCAUUUCAUCUUUCCGGAAAAAAAGAGGGAUUUUUUUUUCAAAUGGUUUGAAUUUGGCAAAGCUCUUGGAGCCCUGAAGAGGCACCUCCUGGAAGUUCGUGCAUGGGAGACGUGUCCACCUUGGCUAAUGGGCCGUUCAGCUUCUACUCAGCAAGCACAGCAGGUGUCAGGAGCCGGGAGGUGGCAGGAGGUGCAAAGACAGUCGAAGGACCAAGAGAAACACCGUGACGCAAGCGGAUGAAUUAAUUCUAUGGGAGAUAACAAGAAAUACAAAAAAAAGCAUAAACAACAGAAAGCCCGUGGAAAUGUUCAACUAGAGUCAAUUAGAUGUGUGUGGUAAGUAGCUGGAAGAAGGGUCAGGUACAGAAGGACCCAAGAAGGGAACAUGACACUUUACUUGAAAGAGCAGACAUGUCCCAGGGCCCAGCAGUAGGAAGGGCUCUGCCAGGCAGGGGAGGGCGUCUCCAGAGGAAACAAAGAAAGACUUGAUCAGUCCUUUGCUGGGGGUUGAUGGCUGCCGGGGAAACAACCGCCAAGUCCUGGGCUCGCAGUGAUGACGUCUAAUUUAAUUCCCUUCCUCGUGUUGCAGCGCCUCGCCCACACAUUCCCAGUGCGGUCCUUAGAGGGUUUAGUUUUGUUUCAGAUUUGGAUAUUCUCACUGCCUCAUAGGAUGCUUUUCAAAUCUUCUGGCUCCAAAAGCUUUUUGCAUUUGAAUGUUGUAAUUUCAGAUCUUGCUGGUGCAGCUAAACUUUACAAGGACAGGACCUCAUCUUAGUUCUUCCCAUGGAGAGGUGAGGGAUUCUGCUUUCAAAAGUUAUACCAUGCGUCUUUUUCUGUAAGGUGCACACUUAAGAUGGAAGAAAACCUCCAUAUUUUUAUAUUAGACAAAUGGACAAAAAUGGACCAGAGAAUUUUAAGGGAUAGUAGGAGAAAAGGCCUAGAAUUGCUUCUUAGUGUCAAAGAAUACAGUUUCACUGGUGGAAAAGAAGACUUUUUGUGUAGGGGUUAAGUAUUGGCUACACUUUCUCAUAAAACAAAAACCAGGCAGGGGCACUGAAGCCACCCUGUGAAUUCAUAUCCUAAUUUCAGCACACCCAAAGUCAGGGGCCCAGAUGUCAGCCACUGCAGUAAGCAGAGUUUUCCUUCCUGUUGAUCAAGAUAUAUGAGUGAGACAGAACUUGGCCUUCUUAUGUGAUGUGGUGUCUUGUGAGUUGUCUUUUUUUCCCUAAUGUGCUUGAGGAAAGAAAAAUAGCUGAGCUUUCUAAAUGACAGCUCUCUAUUUUUAAAUGAGUUUGAAAAGUCAAUUAAAUUAUGUAUUUUUUUGCCUCUGUAUCAUAUUAAAUGAAUAUUUUAUUUUAAAGCCUUGAAUAAAUGAAAAUAAUUUUUGUACUGUAUAGUCUAA